CCAGAGCAGAGGGAAGCAGAAGAGGAGGGAGGGAGAAGAGGGGAAGGGAGGGGGAGGCGGCACUUGGGCUGCAGCUCUCAACCCGAGGCAGUCUCUCUCAGCGCUCUGAAAGACCAAGAGCGGCUGCUGCUGAGUAGGAUGCUCUGCGGGGCACCCUGAGCCUAGGGCUGUUGAAACAGCUUUGGGGACAGGGGCAACUGAACAGCUUUCACCAUGCAUCAGUCUCUGACUCAGCAGCGGUCCAGCGACAUGUCCCUGCCUGAUUCCAUGGGCGCCUUCAAUAGGAGGAAGCGGAACUCCAUCUAUGUCACUGUGACUUUGCUUAUUGUGUCAGUGUUAAUUCUCACGGUGGGCCUUGCUGCAACUACCAGGACCCAGAAUGUGACUGUGGGAGGUUAUUACCCAGGAGUUAUUCUUGGAUUUGGAUCAUUUCUUGGAAUCAUCGGAUCAAACCUUAUCGAGAACAAGCGGCAGAUGCUGGUGGCUUCUAUCGUGUUUAUCAGCUUUGGUGUGAUUGCAGCUUUUUGUUGUGCUAUAGUUGAUGGGGUCUUUGCUGCCAGACACAUUGAUUUGAAACCACUCUAUGCUAACCGGUGCCACUAUGUUCCCAAGACAUCUCAGAGGGAAGCUGAGGAGGUCAUAACUACCUCAACCAAAAUUUCUCCUUCUAUGAGGGCUUUGAGGAACCUUACCCAGGCAGUUAAAGAGGUGAACUGCCCUCAGCUUAGUCGUGGAGUCUGCACACCUCGCAUCCGAGGCAACACCUGUUUCUGCUGUGACCUCUACAACUGUGGCAACAGGGUCGAAAUCACCAGCGGGUACUAUGAGUACAUUGAUGUCAGCAGCUGCCAGGACAUCAUCCAUCUGUACCACCUCCUCUGGUCUGCCACCAUCCUCAACAUUGUCGGCCUGUUCCUGGGGAUCAUCACUGCUGCAGUCCUCGGAGGAUUUAAGGAUAUGAACCCUACUCUCCCGGCACUGAACUGCUCUGUUGAAAAUCCCCAUCCGACUGUCUCUUACUAUGCGCGUCCCCAAGUGGCAUCGUACAAUUCCUACUACCAUAGCCCUCCUCAUCUGCCACCUUAUUCUGCUUAUGACUUUCAGAAUUCCAGUGUCUUUCCAUCCUCGCCUCCCUCUGGACUCUCUGACGAGCCUGAGCCUCAGUCUGCCUCUCCUUCACCCAGUUACAUGUGGUCCUCCAGCGCACCACCCCGCUAUUCUCCACCUUACUAUCCGCCUUUUGAAAAGCCACCACCUUACAGUCCUUAAAGAGGAACACCUGUCAGCUAUUGAUAUUAUUGUGGCUUUUGUAUUUCUGCUUUGGUGGAAGUGUGUAGGCUACAACAUCUAACUUGUGACUCUUAUGCAUAAAGUUUUACAAUAGCUUGCCAGGCUAGGGAAAGACAGGGAGGGAGCUUAUUAAUUAUCAGGGAUGGGCAGGAUUGGCUAGGUCAAACCAAGUACUUCCAAGAAAAGAAGUUCAGUCUCUAUUAAAGGCUGGGAAGCCAGUCCAGCAAGACGUGUGUCAUGUUCAGAUCUGCAUUUCCUGAUGCUCCACCUCUAUACAGUAUGUGGCUGCCCUCUGUUUCACUUUAUGUGAAGGACUGUUGUCCUCAGGCCCUAGGCAGGGUGCCACAAUAGCACGAUGGUUGAAUCACUGGGUCUAUAGGCUCUAUCUUUCCCUACUGUUAAAGUUACCCUUAGGAAAAUUUCCUAGCUGACUGGGCUACACAGUAGUCCCAAUACAGAAAGUUCUGGCUAAGAUUUUUGUUUGCUUCUGUCUGGAUAUUGAAAAAAGCUGCCCAUAUCUUUAUUCUGUUCUUCUCUGAGUCUUGUAUAAAUGGCUGUUGUGAUCAUUCAGCUCAGCUUUUGUUAGUGGUACUGUCUAAGUUCCUCAUCCUGAGUGGUGGGAGAACAAGACUGGCUGAUUCAGGAACACUGAAAUACAGAGUAACAUGUGUGCUGUUUUCAGUAGAUCGCAGUGUACAUCUGACAACUUAGGAGACAGUGUUUCUACUAUAUGUUGCAUUAUUACAAAACACAUUUGCUAUUGGAGAUAUAAAUUUUACAGUUGAAAUUCAGAGUUUAAAAAUGCUAGAUUAGAUUGGGUCAUGGUAUGAAUUGUUACUUAUCUUUGUGACUAUUUAAUCUUCAGAUAUUGUGCUUUAACCCCAGCAAUCCGCACGAUCCUGCACCCCACCCCUGAAAACUCAUCUGUACUUUAAUGCCACUGCUCUUAUUGGUCCCCACCUUUUUUUUCUGUUGAGAUCAAUUGUGACAGCAUUCAAUUCAAGAUUAUGAAAGUGUUAUAAUAUCAUUUAAAGUCUUCAAGACCUCAAAUGCAGCCAACUUGACAAAUUCAUAGGUGUUCCGCAUUUAAAAUCCAUCUGGCACAUUAUGGUAGGUAGAUGGUUGUUUUAAUUAUACAGAGCUUUAAACCAUCAAACUGUUGAGUUAAAGAUACUCUGGCGCACAUGCCUUCACUCCAACAUGAACACAUUCACUGUGAUUUUAUUUUAACCUGAGAACUGGUUUAAAAGAAGAUUGAUAACCCUUCACUUGUCUUAUGUAAAAGAACAGGAGCUACAGAGGACGCCUAAUUAGACGGUUCUGCAAACACAGAACACACACUGGAAACAUUUCCAGCCCAUUUCGCUGCCUCCCAUCUUUGAUAGUUAGAGGUAGCAACCAAAUCCUGGUGCUCCCAUUUACCUUGUAGACACCUGGUCAUCAGGAAGCAUCAAGGCACAACAAGUGCACUCACUGUUCACAGUAAAUGUUUGCAAAAUACUGAGUUUAACCUUCAGCAACAUACUCUCUUAUCCAGACUUCAAAUCCAAAAGACUACACUCUUUUUUAUGUUAUAUAAAAUUAUGGUUAUUUUUACAGUUCUAAAAAAUAUUAAAAUUCUAUUGGAUUUCAAAAAAGGACUAAUAAUCAAUUGACUUAUUAUACAAAUACCAACUUGUAAUAUGGUUUUUUUUUUUUGCCACUUACACUUUACCUUGCUUUAGCGAAUGUGUAUAUUUUUAAAGGCAACAUUACAAAGUAUAUCUUCAAUGAUCACAUUUCUUAAAGUGUUAAGAUUCUAUGACUCAUUUCUAUGUAUUUUUCUUACUUUACAAAAUAACUUGAAACAGUAUAGAUUUUGUAACAUUUGAUUUGAGCAGCUUUUUGUUAUUACAUUGAAUUAUAUAAAGUGCAUGUUACCUUAGGAAAAAUUAAUAUUUGCUGCAUCACUUCUGUAAAACAUUUGCUGUAAUGAAGGAAUUUGUAUUUCCAAUGUAUCUUAAAUGCAUUUUAUAACAUUUACUGCUUUCUUCCUAAUUCUGCUUUACAGUAUUGAACUGGGCAUGAAAUAUUAAAAUAUUAAUUCAGAACUGGUGUUAACUAGAGGUUACUUAAAAUCUGUAUCAUCGCCACAUUGGAAACCCAGACAGCUUUUGUGAUGUUUCAAAUUAAUAAAACUGUCUUCUGCCUAUUCA